AUGAGCAAUAGAAUAUCGUCCCAACAUCAGAAACAAGACCCAUCAUCAUCAUCCCAGCACCAGUCUUCUGGUGGCUCUUCCUCUGGCAACAACACCAUCGUGGGUUUGCACUAUAAGAUUGGCAAGAAGAUUGGGGAAGGGUCAUUUGGGGUGAUCUUUGAGGGUACCAACAUCAUCAGUAACCUUCCAGUAGCCAUCAAGUUCGAACCUCGCAAAACCGAAGCCCCACAAUUGCGUGAUGAGUUCAAGACCUACAAGUUCCUUAGUGGUAGCGAAGGGGUGCCAUCUGCUUACUAUUUUGGUCAAGAAGGUUUGCACAAUAUCUUGGUGAUUGAUUUGUUGGGUCCAUCUUUGGAAGAUCUCUUUGACUGGUGUGGAAGACGUUUUUCUGUAAAGACAACUGUCCAAGUCGCCGUCCAAAUGUUGUCCUUGAUCGAAACCAUCCACAAUCAUGACUUGAUUUACAGAGAUAUUAAACCAGACAACUUCUUGAUUGGCAGACCAGGCCAACCUGAUGAAAAUGCUGUCCAUUUGGUUGAUUUUGGUAUGGCUAAAUUUUACAUUGAUCAGAGAACUAAAACUCACAUUCCUUACAGAGAAAAGAAGUCCCUUAGUGGUACCGCCAGAUACAUGUCUGUCAACACCCACUUGGGUAGAGAGCAAUCUAGAAGAGAUGAUUUAGAAGCCCUUGGCCAUGUGUUCUUUUACUUCCUUAGAGGACAAUUGCCAUGGCAAGGUUUGAAAGCCCCAACUAAUAAACAAAAGUAUGAAAAGAUUGGGGAGAAAAAGAGAUCCACCCCAGUUUUGGAGUUAUGUGCUGGGUUACCUAGACAAUUUGCCCAAUACUUGGAAACUGUUAGAAGUUUGGGAUUCGAUCAACAACCUGACUAUGAUGGUUACAGAAGAUUGUUACUCAGCGUCCUUGAUGACAUGGGAGAAAAAGCCGAUGGCAAGUACGAUUGGAUGAAGUUGAAUGGGGGUAGAGGCUGGGAUUACUCCAUCAACAAGAAGCCAAACUUGCAUGGUUAUGGCCAUCCGAACCCUCCGGGCGAAAGAGAAAGAUAUCGUCAAAGAAGAAACCGUCAUCAAGCAGCCAAUGGGGCUGGUGCCAAUAACAACGGUACUGCCAACCCUGCUCAAAAUACCGGAGCUAAUAAUGGUAACUCCAAAAACAACUCUAAUGCUCAGCUACAAACUUCGCAACCUCCACGUACUCCAAAUCCACAAAAUAAUCCUUCUAGCAAUGUUCACCAACAGAACCUCCCAGAUAUUCCAGGUCACAACAAAGCCCCAAUUGACCCAAGACAACAACGUGCUUCACAAAAAGCUUUCAAUGAUGAAGAAGAAGAGCCAGAACGUAACGGUUUCUUUGCCAAACUUUGUUGUUUCUAA